GAAGUCACUUUAUCUCUUCCCGUGGAAAAAGACUGUUCAUCUCUCUCAUUUCGUACAAAAAGCCUCAUCAUGCCUGGAGAAUAUAUGCAAAGUAUCAAGGUAGCCCUAGCUUUUAUAGGUUGCUCUUUUGCUGCCGGAACUGUUUGGUCUGAUUGGAUCUAUGAUUACCCUGUUUUGCAACAUCAACCUGGAGCUGUCGAAGCUGCUGCUGAGCACUACUACCGAAGAGCUGUUGUUGGUGGGUUGAACUACGAGCGCUUGCCUUUGAUUCCAGUCAUGCUUGCUGUCAUUGGACUGAGUGCCGGUCUCACUCUUAUGGAAGAGCACAACUUACUUUUCGACGGUGUUUGUACAUUGGCUCUCAUUAUGGCUGUUUCAACGUACUCGACCUCCAUUGCACCAGGAUUGAAGUCAUUAGCUGAAACCGGAGUCAAGGGAAUGACCUCUGCUGAGGAUGCUCAAUCUUUGUUCGAAAUUACUACCAAGAUAGCCGCUGGUAACACCAUUAUCGUAUACAUUGCAGGAGGUAUUGCAUUAUUGCAGUUCAUUCAUUUCGUCCUUCUCAAAGUUUGGGCCAACAAUGAAAAGAAAGCCGCUUUGCAGGAAGGUACUUCUAAGAAGAAGUCUGAGUAAAAGCUUAUAGACUUGGCUACGUGGAGAGACCCAUAUAUGAAAAUUGUAAUCUAACAUCGUCUGGGGACUACCCAUUCGUUUAUCAGAGCCCUGCUUCAAAUAAUCAUUUAAAGCCCUAAAAAAAAAUAUGUUGGAAAUGAACUGUGAGAAAUUCGUUACAUUUUGACAAGUGAUUGCGGGUGCAAACUCCGCAGAUCCUCGGUCUUUCUAAUUGAUGCAAAUGUUCCUGCUCAUGCUUGCGUAUUUUAUUGUGAAGCUUUUUUCCACAUCUACAUUCAAGUUUUUGCUAAAUGGUUUUGAUGAUUGAUGCAUCUAUAGUGCAAAAUUUUGGAGCUUAUACCGACCAUACCCUAAA